AUGACAAUGCGUUUUCAUCUUGCAUUUGUUGUAGCGAUUCCCAAUAUUCCUGUCAAUGCCAGAUGGAGACAAAAUGGGAUAACCGUUGCUGGAGGUCAUGGAAGAGGUGAUGCCACCAAUCAACUCUACUGGCCUGCCGGUCUCUUCGUUGAUGAUGAUCAAACGAUAAUCAUCGCUGAUUCUUGGAAUCAUCGUGUUGUGCGAUGGACGAUUGGCGAUGCGAAUGGACAAGUAAUAGCUGGUGGUCAUGGUAAAGGAAAUCGAUUAGAUCAAUUGAACCAACCAACCGAUGUGUUGAUCGACAAAGAAACCGAUAGUCUCAUUAUCUGUGAUCGAGACAAUAUACGAGUCGUACGAUGGUCUCGUCGUAGUGGUACAACUCAAGGAGAAAUUCUCGUCGACAACAUCCAAGGUUGGGGAUUGACAAUGGAUGAUCAGAGAUGUCUCUACAUUUCUGAUCCUGGAAAUCAUAAAGUAAAACGGCAUCAAAUAGAAAAGAAUGAUGAUAUUGUCGUGGCUGGUGGCAACGGACAAGGUGCUAAUGUAAAUCAACUGAACGAUCCACUCUACAUCUUUGUCGAUCGACAACAGGCUGUCUACGUGUCGGACAACGAAAACCAUCGUGUGAUGAAAUGGAGUAAGGGUGCAAAAGAAAUUGUCGCUGGAGGUCAAGGCAAAGGAAAUGCUCUGACACAACUGUCGUGUCCUCACGGCCUGUUCGUCGAUAUGUUGGGUACUCUCUAUGUGGCAGAUUCGUUGAAUCAUCGAGUAAUGCGUUGGCCCAAAGGUGCGAAAGAGGGCACUGUCAUUGUUGGUGGAAAUGGUUUGGGGGAAGGAGCAAAUCAGUUGAACAAGCCCAUGGGUUUGUCCUUCGAUCACCAUAGCAACCUUUAUGUAGCCGAUUAUUUUAAUCAUCGCGUUCAAUAUUUUCCUAUCGAAUAA